UGUCCAACCCCUCCUUUGCGGUGCCGCUCGUGCUGCCCACCCUAUUUCUCCUAUCUUCAUACUCAAACCAUCACCCCCUUCCGACCGAUAGGGCCUUUUCUUUUUUCAAUUUCCGGCCAACUUAUCACAUAUCAGAAAAAAUUGAAGGAAAAAUACUCAAAACCCCCCAAAAAAUCACAAACCCAAAACCAAAAUUUUCCUAUCAAAAACUUACAGUCCCCGUUUUCGUUCAACAGCAUUAGUUAAGGGUUUUUUGAUUGUUGUUGUUGUUGUUUUUCAUUUCUGGGUGGGUUUGUUCUCUGUCGUUGAAUUUGGAGAAUGGCUCAGGUUCAGGUUCAACCACAGUCUCCAGUUUCUGCUUCAAAUGGGGUGGCAAGCAAUGGAGUGAACCAGUUCGUCUCGACCUCGUUGUAUGUUGGGGAUCUUGACCACACUGUGACCGAAACUCAGCUCUAUGAUUUGUUUAAUCAGCUGGGUCAGGUCGUAUCUGUCCGGGUCUGCAGGGACUUGACCACUAGAAGGUCCCUUGGCUAUGGCUAUGUCAAUUAUAGCAAUGUCCAUGAUGCGGCACGGGCAUUAGAGGUACUGAAUUUUACUCCCAUCAAUGGCAAGACUAUUAGGAUAAUGUAUUCUCAUCGUGAUCCCACUAUUCGUAAAAGUGGUGCUGGAAAUAUAUUUAUCAAGAAUUUGGACAAGGCAAUUGACAACAAAGCUCUACAUGACACUUUUUCCACAUUUGGGAAUAUUUUAUCUUGCAAAGUAGUAACUGACUCUUCAGGUCAGUCUUUAGGAUAUGGUUUUGUACAGUUUGAUAACGAGGAGUCUGCAAAAAAUGCAAUUGAUAAAUUGAAUGGCAUGUUACUGAAUGACAAGCAAGUUUAUGUGGGACCUUUCCUCCGCAAACAGGAAAGAGAGUCUGUUAUGGACAAGACAAAAUUCAAUAAUGUUUUUGUAAAGAAUUUUUCUGAGACAACAGCUGAGGAGGAUUUGAAGAAGAUUUUUGGUGAAUAUGGAACUAUUACUAGUGUUGUAGUUAUGAGAGAUGGUGACGGAAAGUCCAAAUGUUUUGGAUUUGUAAAUUUUGAGAAUCCUGAUGAUGCAGCUCGGGCUGUCGAGGCCCUUAAUGAGAAAACAUUUGAUGAUAAGGAGUGGUAUGUUGGGAAAGCGCAGAAAAAAUCUGAAAGAGAAAAUGAAUUAAAAGGGCGGUUUGAGCAAACUUUGAAGGAGACAGUUGACAGAUUUGAAGGAUUGAAUCUAUAUGUCAAGAACCUAGAUGAUACUAUCACUGACGAUAAACUGAAGGAAUUAUUCUCAGAAUUUGGUACAAUUACUUCAUGCAAGGUUAUGCGUGAUCCAAAUGGUGUAAGUAGAGGUUCAGGCUUUGUUGCCUUCUCAACUGCUGAAGAAGCAUCACGAGCUCUUGCAGAGAUGAAUGGUAAAAUGAUAGUUAGCAAACCAUUAUAUGUUGCACUUGCACAAAGAAAAGAAGAACGAAGAGCAAGGUUGCAGGCACAAUUUUCACAAAUGCGUCCUGCUGCAAUGCCACCUACAGUUGGCCCUCGUAUGCCUAUCUAUCCCCCUGGAACUCCAGGUAUCGGACAACAACUAUUCUAUGGUCAAGGCCCCCCUGCUAUCGUCCCUCCCCAGCCUGGGCUUGGGUAUCAGCAGCAACUGGUUCCUGGAAUGAGGCCAAAUUUUUUUGUUCCAAUGGUCCAACCAAGUCAGCAGGCUCAGCGCCCAGGUGGCCGGAGACCUGGAGCAGGGCCAGUGCAACCUCAGCAACCACUUCCCCUGAUGCAGCCACAGAUGCUUCCUAGGGGCCGUGUUUAUCGUUACCCUCCUGGCCGCAAUAUGCCUGAUGUUCCCAUGGCUGGUAUCCCUGGAGGCAUGCUUCCUGUUCCUUAUGAUGUGGGGGGAAUGCCAUUCAGAGAUGCUGCAUUUUCACAGCCUAUGCAGGCUGGGGCUUUGGCCACUGCCCUUGCUAAUGCCACACCUGAACAACAGAGGACGUUGCUUGGGGAAAAUUUAUAUCCACUUGUGGACCAGUUGGAGCAUGAAAAUGCUGCUAAGGUGACGGGCAUGCUUCUAGAGAUGGACCAGACAGAGGUUUUGCACUUACUGGAGUCACCAGAAGCCCUGAAGGCCAAAGUUGCUGAGGCCAUGGAUGUGCUUAGAAGUGUUCAGCAGCAGCAGCAGGUUAAUAGUCCUGAUGAUCGAAUGGCCUCGCUUUCCCUAAAUGACAACCUUGUUUCUUAAGCCUUGCAGUUUCUAUUUUUUGAGCAACUUUUUUGAGAGCCUUUAGUACAUUUCUAGAAACUUUGUUUUGAGAGUAUUUUUGUGGUUGCUCCAAAUUUUUACCUUAAAUGGAGUUUCUAUUCUAGUGGAUACUUGAUACUUAAA